UCACAGGGCUCUGCCAAAGAAUGUAAAUAAAGCAUUUAAAGCUGCUAAAGUCUUGCCCAACACCUACCCCCGUCUUGUACCGCAUCGCCUCGUCUUGUCCUGCAUCUCCUCUCCGUCUUGUCCCGCAUCGCCUCGUCUUGUAUCCCACCACCUCUUCGUCUUGUCCCGCAUCUCCUCGUCUUGUCGUCCCGCAACUCGUCUUGCCCUGCAUCUCCUCUCCGCCUUGUCUCCCAUCUCGUCUUGUCCCGCAUCUCCUCGUCUUGUCUCCCACCACCUCUUCGUCUUGUCCCGCAUCUCCUCCUCGUCGUCGAAGCCCCUCCCCCUCUCUUCUCGUCACGUGCCCCAGCGACAGCAGCAGCGGCGGCUCGCUCUCUCCACUGCUGGAUGAGAUGGCUUCCCGUGCCGCGCUUCUGCCGCUCGUGAAGACGGAGGAGGAGGAGGCCCCAGAGCAGUGGCCCGGCUUGGCCAUGGAGUGCGAAGAGGACGAUGAUGAUGAUGGUGACGAUGAAGCAGGAGCGGCGGUGAAGCAGGAGGAGGGUGAGGGCCGUCUGGGCUCCGAGAUCGUGAGGACGCUGGUGAAGAGCGAGGUAGAGGACGGUGAUGAUGGAGACGUCAGCGUGGGUCCUGUCCGGGAGACGUCGCGGCCGCUGAGGGUGAAGGCCGAGCGGCAGGAGGGAGGCUCCGGUGGCGAGUGGGAGCUCCUGUGCGAGGAGUGCGGCGCGGAGCCGCGCGGGAGCGUCCGCAACACGUGGGACGAAGAAGUGAAACCGGGUGGCGACGGCGGGCGGACCGCGCCAGCGUGCGCGCGGUGCGGCAAGGAGAUGCCGCGGGGGGGCAUCUCGUCGCACGACGACGACGGCGACGACGACGAUCGACGGCGGCCGAAACGGCGGCGCCAGCGGCAGCUGCAGCAGCGACGCGCGGCGGGCGGCGAGAAGCCGCACGUGUGCACCGAGUGCGGCAAGGCCUUCGCCCGCUGCUCCGACCUGGACCGCCACUCGCGGACGCACACGGGCGAGCGGCCGCACGCCUGCGCCGACUGCGGCCGCCGCUUCUCGCACGCCUCCUCGCUGAAGCUGCACGCGGCGACGCACACGGGCGAGCGGCCGCACGCCUGCGCCGACUGCGGCCGCGGCUUCACGCGGCGCUCCUACCUCGAGACGCACGCCCGCGUCCACACGGGCGAGCGGCCGCACGUCUGCGCCGACUGCGGCCGCCGCUUCCUGCACAAGCACUCGCUCAAGACGCACGCGGCGAGCCACGCGGCCCGGCGGCCCCUCGCCUGCGGCGAGUGCGGCCGCGGCUUCGCGCGCCCCUUCGACCUGGAGGCGCACGCGCGCACCCACACGGGCGAGAGGCCGCACCCGUGCCCCGACUGCGGCAGGCGAUUUGCCCGCCGGUGCCACCUCGAGGCGCACGCGCGCAUGCACACGGGCGAGUGGCCCUGCCUUUGCAAGGAGUGCGGCAAGGGCUUCGCGUGCUUCUCGCACCUGGAGAGGCACGCGCGCACGCACACGGGCGAGAGGCCGCACGCGUGCGACGCGUGCGGGAAGCAGUUCCGCGAGCGCUCGCACCUCAAGAAGCACGCGGCGACGCACGGAGCAGCGUAGCGGGCGGCGCCGGCGGCGAGGGCGGCGCGGCGGGAGAUGGAGCGGACUUCUCGCCGCGCUCCUCUUGUCGUCCGCGAGACGCACGCCGGCGAUUCGGCCGACCGAACGGCGGUGGGGGUUUGUCCGAUGCCAGCCGGCCCUCGUCUCUUCUCGUCGAAACCCGCGGCGUAAAUUAGGCCGCUUCGGUGGUGGGGCUAAAGUGUGGGUAGCUUCACUGAGAGUCGAUUUUGAUGCAUCUCUUCCAGACCGACCUACACGUGGGUGGGUGUCGAGGAGGAGAGCCGUGCCCCCUGGCUCUGCCAGGUAGAUGGCGGCGGUCACAGCGGAGCGUGUGGCCCUCCCGCAUGGCGAAGGGUCGAUGUAUCGAGAACCGCAGAGCUCGGGCGAGCGAGCGGCCCUCUGCCGCGACUCGCGAGGAUUUGGCGUUCGCUUUUGGCGUCGGUCUCCCGUGCCCCCUCCCCCCCCCCGCGUGCUGUAGCGGCGUUUUGACCGUCCGCGCUGACGCGUGGAGUUUCCUUACGUGGCGUUUUUGCCGUGUCCUCCGGUAGCGAUGAAUGCCCCGGUGGCCCGGAGAUGGCAAAUACCUCGCCCAUAGGUAUACAGCAAGGGCGCGUUCUGCUCUGUGUGUGUUCGCAACAACCUGAGCUGUCGGUUUUACCACAAGGAAGCAUGCGAUUGUGCAUUUUUAAAUGACGGUGAAUGACGGAUGAUUGUGAAAUGAAGGUGGUCGUCGUGGUGUUAUUCGAAUCAGUGGGGUACCCUCGUCAAUGCCGCAGGGCCAUGUGUUAACCGUAGUGGCAAUAAUACUGUAACGGUCCCUUCAUAACGGUCCCCACAACAUCGCCAUUCCCCCAGCGACGUGCCGAUGUCAAUCCCUGGCACCCGCUUGACCCGGAGUCACCCCGAGGGGUGACGAUGUGAGAUUGGUGGCUGGAGCCGAGGAGACACAUUUGUACGUAUGCGCGUUGAGCUUCUUUCACACGGUACCUAGGAAACUGUGCGGAUCGGUGGUGUGGGGGAAAGGCGACAAACUAAAAACACAUAAAGCAGUUCUAAAGAAAGGA